AUGCGGUUUAAAUAUUUAAAAACUUUGUUGGAAUCCCAGGAGACUGACCAGCCUAUUGCUGAUAUAAGUUGGUCGCCUAAUAAUGUUAAAUUAGCUGUGGCGACUUGUGAUCGUCUGAUUCUUCUCUUUGACCGAGAUGGGAUUCGUCGCGACAAGUUUAGCACAAAGCCAGCUGAUUCCGCAGCUGGAAAGAAAUCUUAUAUAAUAACAAGAAUAGCGUUCAGUGAAAAUUCUGAGUUACUAGGCGUGGCCCAGAGCGACAACAUGGUGUUCGUUUAUCGGGUGGGUGCGGAUUGGAGCGGGAAAAAAGUUAUCUGUAAUAAAUUUCCCUUGACUGGAGCACCCAUGCAUUUAUUGCCUGCUGAGAACGGAUUUUUCACGGGAACCACCGAUGGAAAGAUAAGGCAAUUGGAUUGCAAAAGCAACAAGAGCUCCAGUCUCUGGUCGGCGGGCACGUGCUGCGUGUCGCUCGCGCGGAGCAGUGACGCGACUGUAGCCUCCGGCCAUGUUGAUGGUACGAUCUAUCUCAACGGACGACUUCUUCUGCGAUACGCUCUGCCGCCAACAGUUCUGGUGUUUAUACCACCCUAUCUUUUGGUAGGUUCGUGUGACGGCAGGAUCGCGGUAUACGAAGCAGCGCGCGGCGCACUGCUACGGAACAUUGAGCCCACUUUACCACCUGAUAGAAAGGACUUCGUAGCGGCUGCGGCUAGCCCUUCUGGACAGACGGUAGCGUUGGGCGUUUUCGACGGGUGUCUCAUAGGUGAGGUGAAGGAGUCUGGCACCGUGGAGCUCAGCCCGCUCGACAUCGGCAGCUUGUACGCGGCGCGCGCGCUCGCGUGGAGCGGCGACGGCACUCAGCUCGCGCUGGCCUCGCAGACCGGCGCUGUUAUUGUGCUGGAGGCUGUGCUUAGGUGUUGGGUAUGGCGCGACUCGGUGUCCGUGCAGCACGUGAGCGCGCGGCGGGUGCUGCUCACUCGCCUCGCUCGGGACGCGCCCCCGCUGACCGUAACUUCGAACUAUGCGGAUAUUCAUACGGUUAAAUUUAUAGGAAACGAUUGGUACGCGGUAUGCCGUACAGCGAGCACAUUGAUUUUGUGUGAUAUUGCGCGGGGCUUAACUAGUGAGAUAUCGUGGGCCGGGAGUGGGGAGCGGAUAUACGCGGCAGUUGGCGGCGCGUGCUUGCUGCAUCGCGCGGGCGAGCUCAGCGUGGUGGAGUACGGGCUUGAUAGAGUGCUUCAUACUGUGCGUACAGAACGCGUGAACCCGCACGUACUGAGCGUGCGCAUCAACGAACGAAGUGAAGUUGGCGCGGACAGAAAACAUCUCGCUUACUUACUGGACAGACAGACGUUAGCCGUUGUUGAUCUUGUUACUGGCACACAGCUGGGCCAGUGGUGGCACGAAACACGCAUCGAUUGGUUGGAGCUGAACGAGAGCGGACACCUGUUGUUGUUCCGCGACACUCGGCGGCGACUCGCCCUGUUGACACUGGAUAAUGGUGAUAAGGAAAUCAUUGCGAGUGGAGUGAGCUUUGUGCAAUGGAUCGAAAAUAGUGAUGCGAUUGUGGCCCAGACCCCUACACAUUUGUUAAUUUGGUACAGCGGCUGGGAGGCAAGCUGUGUGGAAAUGUGCGAGUGUGGCGGCGGCGCAGUCGCCGACGUCAGCGAUAUGAGAGUAUCGCUCGACGGUGGAACGGUGCCCUACGUGCAGUUAGACGAACAUCGACUUGCUUUUAACAAUGCGUUACGCAGUGGAGACUUAUCCGGAUGUGCGCAUUAUCUGGACUCGGUGAGCAAUUCCGCUGACUUGGCGCCAUUUUGGCGGCAGCUCGCUGAACGCGCUCUCGCUAAACAGGAUAUUCAGCUGGCAGCAAAAUGCUACCGCGGGGUCGGCGACGACGCGAGAACGUAUUAUUUGGAUGCAGUUCUUGAGCUCGCUUCUGUUGAAGGCCAUGGUGAUAUUAACGCAGGUCUAAACAGUCCUUUAGUGCAAGCUCGCUUAGCGAUAUUUUCCGGCGACCUGACCACCGCUGAAGAAUGGUACACGAAAAAAGCAAGCAAACCCGAGUUAGCGAUCAGUAUGUACAAACAGUUCAACAAAUGGACGGAAGCCAUCGCCCUCGCCGAGAGGCUCGACAGAACUGCCGCGGGAGCACUGAAACAACAGUAUAUGGAUUAUUUGAAUUCCACUGGCAGGGUGGGCGAAGCCGGUGCGGUGCUGGCCGCAAGCGGAGACGUGGUGAAGGCGGUGCGGGUGUGGGUGCGCGCGGGGCGGGCGCGCCGCGCCGCCGCCGCGCUGCUGCAGCACCCCGCGCUGCUGCGGGACGACGAGCUGCUGCACGCCGUGCACGACCGGCUGGUGCAGGAAGAAUGGUGGGAAAUGGCUGGCGAAAUAUCGGAGAGGCGUGGCGAUAAUAAAACAGCCGUCGAGUACUACGCGAAAGGCAAUAACUACGCUAGGGCGGUACAGUUGGCACGAGAAUCAUGUCCAGGGGAAGUGACACGUCUAGAGGGCGAGUGGGGCGCGUGGCUGGUCGCAAACCGGCGGGCGGCGGCCGCGGUCCCACAUCUCAUAGAAGCGGGCCGUACGAGAGAAGCCCUGGCCGCGGCUAUCAAGGCGCACCAUUAUAAGAAGGCUUUGCAAAUUGUUCAGGUUAUUGACGACAAGGAUUCCAUUAAAGAAGAAUGUGAACAGCUGGCCGAGCAUUUUAUAUCAACUCAGGAGUGGGAGACAGCAGAACGUGUGCUAAUAUCAUGUGGUAUGGUGGAACGUUGCGUACGCGCUUACAACAACGCGGGAAAAAUAAGCGAAGGCUUGCGUGUUGCUACCGCACACCUGUCUGAAGAUCAAACUAGGGAGAUCUAUCUUCCUCUGGCUCAGCAGUUUAGAGAGGAGGGACAGUUGAGGAAGGCGGAACAGAUUUAUAUUGGACUUGGUGAUCCGGAUGAUGCUAUAUCUAUGUAUAAGGAAGCGUCUCAAUACGAGGCGAUGCUACGUUUAGUAGCUGCUCACCGUAGCUCGCUCGUAGAAGCUACGCGACGACACGUAGCACAAGCGCUACACGCUUCGGGCGAUCUACGGGCCGCUGAAAACUACUACAUUCAAGCAGGCGACUGGAAGAGCGCAAUCCAAAUGUACCGCGCUGCGGGCCAGUGGGAGAGCGCGGAGCGGGUGUCGCGCGCGCACGCGCCGGCCGCGGUGCAGCAGCAGACGGCGCUGCAGUGGGCCGCCGCGCUGCCCGCGCCCGCCGCCGCGCGCCUGCUCGCCGCGCGCGGGCUCGCCGCGCUCGGGGCGCGCUGGGCGCUGCAGGCGCAAAGGUGGGAUAUCGCAAUGGAGCUAAGUGAGCUCGGCGGUGGAAUAACUAAGCGUGAAGUGGCAAGGCAUGAAGCAUCCGCCCUCGCGGAAGAGCAGCCUGAGGAGGCUGAGGUUGCUUUCCUCCGAGCCUCCGCGCCAGAGGACGCUGUGAGGAUGUGGCUUAGCAAGGGCCAUCAUCAGAGAGCCUUGGUUUUAGCCGAACAACACGCGAGUCAUAUGGUUGAAGAAGUGUUAGUGGAGGGAGCUCGUGCGGCGGCGGAACGUGGCGAUUUGCAGCAGUUCGAGACGCUCAUGAUACGCGCCAACCGACCGCGGGAAGUGGUGCAGCAUUACAAGCAGAUGGAGCUGUGGGAGGAAGCGGCGCGCGUGUCCCGCGAGUACCUGCCCGACAGCGCCGAGCAGGUGCCGCCUGCCGUGCCGCCGCUGCUGCAGCGCGCCGCGGACCACGCUGAUAGGGGUGAAUGGUGGGAUGCGGUGCGGCUGCUAGUGGGCGCCAGCGCGGCAGCUGCCAGCAGCGGCGCGACGCGUCUGUCGGAGCGCGCCGCGUUGCGUGCGGCGCGGCUUGCGCGCGACCGCCUCGCGGGGGACGACAGGCGCGCGGCCGCUGACAUGCUCGCCGAGCGAUUCGAUGCGAUUGGCCAAAGUGAAGUUGGGGAACAGUUGCGCGCUGCACUGCUCGAUGGUGUAGAGGAUGCGGAGCCAGGUACAUCGAAGCCGUACGAAGAGGAAGAACCGGUGGACGACGUAAAAGAACAGGAGUUGGACUUAGAGCGAUCGGCGCUAGAGAAGCUAUGCGCGGCGGGGCAGUGGCAGCGCUGCCUGGCGCACGCGGCGUCCCGCGCGCCGCACUACGCGCUGCGCUACGCCGCGCACCUGUUUAACACGCACGCGCGCUUAGAAGGGGUUGACAUCGAAAGUGAAGAUACACCAGAAGCGCUGUCCCAAGUCAUAGAUACUCUACGACAGUACCUCAUACUUGACAACGCAGCGGAGACGAUAUCGAGCAGCGAUGCGAAUUUAGCUAAAGCUGUGUGCAAUGAGUUAUUGGUGCGCGUGUCAAUGGCGCCCAAGGCGUUUUCUGCGUUGAAAGUUGCCGCAGAAAUUAUGGUAUCAGCGGGAGCUGAGGAAAGAGCUAUCGAGGCUAUUACCUUGUUAAUGGGGUUACACGUGCCUCAAAUCGCAUCGAAAGUAGCGCGUGCUUUACCACGCUACACGGACAUUAUAAUUGCUGACGUUGCAUUCUACGCAUCGGGAGUAGCGAUACGCGAAGAAGGCAGUAGCGGCGCGCGUGAGGCGUUCGUGAUACUCAACCAUUGCUUGGAUCUGGCGGAGGCUGCCGAUGAAGAUAACGCACACCUCUUGGAUUACACCGAUUUUGAAUGCACGGACUGGGCGCGCAGGCCGCUGCUCGCGGAGCGCUCGUGCGUGCGCGGCGCCGCGCUGCUCGCGCUGCGGGACUGGGUGCUCGCGCUCUCCAUGGACCGCGCCGUCGAACAGACGCUGCCAGUGGACGGCAGCGGCGCGUACGAGUCGCGCGCGCGCGCGGGCGAGCCGUGUUGCGUGCUCACCGGCUAUCCGCUCGCCGCCAGACUCGUCACAUUCAGUAACGGUCGUUGCGCAAACCGCGAGUGGUGGUCGCGCGUAUCUCACGUGGCGCGUAAUGGACACUCAAUCGCCUCAGCAAUGUUGCAACACAUCACAAAAUGGUGUGGACCAGCCGAUUUUUCUCAUAUUUAAUAAUACAGAUAAAG